AUGCAUCUCACACUUAGCCGCACUGGCACAGAUGAUGAUUUUCAGGUAUUUUGGAAAUAUCUGCACCCGAAAUUAACGGCACAUCUCUGCUCGCUGGUACUAGAGCUAAGAAGCUGCUACUCGAAAUCGGCUAUCUCAACAAUAUUCGAUGCGAUAACGCAGAUGCCGAAGCUUCAAUCGUUAUCAAUUGACAAGUGUUCGGCACCGUCCUACAACUUUCCUAUCGUGAAGAGCGCCACUGUUAAGCAUCUAGAAAUGGACGAUACAUUUAUCUCUUUUGAUAUGCCAGAAUUAGAAUCGUUUGUAGGGCCACUGCCGGCACUUGCUCAACCGAAUCAACCGCUGGUGUACUCUAAUCUGAAACGCGUCACGUUGACGCAUAGUUCAGUGGAAUUGCAAGAUAAAUCUUUGAUCGAGAGAUUGGCUCGCGUGCAGAUGCCGGAAUUACAAUCGUUUGAAGGAAUGUUACAAGCACUAGCUCUAUUGGAUAACAUCGCUGAAUCUCGGAUGUUUACUAAGCUGAAACGCGUCACGAUAACGGCACGUCGAUUGCGAUUGGAAGAUAAAUCCAUGCUUCAUCGAUUGGCCCAUGUGGAAACGUUGAUACUGGCAAUUUUCUCAAUAGAUGAUUGGGUCCUACCUGCAAUUUGUGAUGCAUGCCCUGCUCUUAGGCAACUGUAUUUCGUUUGGGAUCAGUUCAAUAUCAAACCAACCACAUUAGGACAGCUUUCUAAGUUUGUCAAUCUUCGUGAACUAAUUUUUAAUUCCAUGUACAUGAAUCAUAGGCUGCCUCUUGACUUUGACUUUGGCUUAUCGCAGCUAACUCAGCUUGAGCUACUGAAUCUAGGAUCAGAUGUGCUGGAGGCUCGGAGCUUAAUGCGUCUCUCCAAAUCGAUUAGAUGUCUUACCGUGCAAAUCGCGUAUACAAAUGAAGAAAGAAUAUUAAAGACCAUAACAGACUCUUUGCCGCAGUUGCAAAAGUUGCGUCUAAAUUACUCAAGCUAUCCACGCGUUGCAGUAGACAAGCGCACAAUGAUGUCUCUUCAUCAUCUUAAACACUUGGAGGUACUGGUGAUCGAAAAUGCGAAAAUCAGCGAAUCGGUUUUCCUUGACACGGAAGCUCCGAUGCCUGAAAUGCGCGAGCUGGUGUUCGUAAAUUGUGAACUGGGCCGCCAUCGCUUCCGCGGAUGGAAGAGAAUGUUUCCCAAUCUAGAGCAAAUUAAGAUACCGAGGAAGCUAACACCGAGCUACUUCAGUAAGGAUAUCAAAUCAAUUGAUUUGAAUAUUUGGUCAAGAAGAAGCGCAACACCGGCAGCGGCAUAG